CUCACUACUUGUCUAUGCCAAAUGCAGAUUCUAAGAUGGAUUAAGAGGAUUUUUGGGUGAGAAUUCCCUAAGGAAAAAAAUGGAGGGAAUACAAUGGGUGAAUGAGACAGCAAUCAAAACAUUUGGGAAAAGAUCAGAACCAGCUGAACAACAUAACACUAUACCAUGCUUCGAAAUGUCCUAGGAAAAACCUUUCGGUUUCUUGGGUAUACUGUGCAGUAUGGCUGCAUAGCACAUUGUGCCUUUGAGUACCUUGGAGGAAUUGUUGUGUGUUCUGGACCUUCAAUGGAACCAACCAUUCAAAAUUAUGAUAUUGUCUUUUCGGAGAACCUUAGCCGCCACUUUUAUUGCAUUCGAAAAGGAGACAUUGUAAUUGUGAAAAGCCCAAAUGACCCCAAAUCAAAUAUCUGUAAAAGAGUAAUUGGCUUGGAAGGGGAUAAAGUCUGCACAAGCAACCCUUCAGAUUUCCUAAAGAGUCACAGCUAUGCCUUCUUCUCUGGACAAAUACUCUCAAACCCUCUGCCUACACAGUACCAAUGGCAGACUCAAGGAAUUGGUCUUAAGACAAAACUUUCUGUGUUUUUAAACACUACGCGAAGAUUUUGUCUCGGCAGUAAUUGUGAGGAUUUUGCUUUUGAAGUUAGACUUUAAUGUGUCUCUGUAUUUCAGUGUAACAAUAUUUCAUUUUUUCUGAGUAUGGUUGGAAAAGUAGUCAUUUUCCUAACUUGUCCAAAAAGUCAGGUAACACAAUAAAAAGGAAAGAAUAUUCUUAA